CUCCCUGUCACAGGUUCACAUGGCUGCAUCAGCAGCUCGCGGGCGGACAUGGACGACACUCUAGGAUUUGUAUUGUAUCGAGAUGCUGGAUACGCUUGGCCUUGACAUGUUUAUUUUUUUCCAGUGAUACUAAGUGCUUGGAAAUGUGUUCAAGAGCUGAAACUAGUUUUGUAUUGUUAUUUCAACUAAUUCGGUUAAAACAUCAAACAUCUGUGUGAACAAGUGUCAGGAUUUACACAAUUCUACUGUACACAUAAUACUCCAGGGAUUGUACAAUGGAAACAACAAAUCUAAUAUUAGCGACUGGGACGAUGCUUGACAUUUUUUGUACAACUUUUCCCUAAUGUUAUUGGAUAUACUGGAUUUAGCAUAUUUUCGAGUAUUUUCUGUGGGCAAAACACAAUGGAAAUACAACUUUUAAGCUUGUUUUGCUUGCUAGCGUGUUGUGAACUUUCAAUUUUUACAAAUAAUAAUAACAGAAUCGAUAUCUCGUCAAAAACUGAUCAUUUUACGCACAAAGUGCGGGGAAUAAGCCGGGAGAGACGUGUAAUUACUAAUCAGGUUUAUUACAAAACAGUUAAAGAGGAAAAUAAAUCUACAGGUGUGACUUUAUCGCCCGGAACUACAGCAUGUAUAAAAACGAUUCAUUUAUUGACCCAUUACGAGUCAGUGAACUUGAGCGAUGCCAGAAGCGUACUUAAUCGACGAGUAGCGAGACAGAACGACAAUAUUGACAAAUACAGCCAUUUUCAAUCAAUAUUGAGACAAACAGAUAACGAAAGUCGUAUAAAAGUUGGCCAUCACAGACAUAGAAGGGAGGCUGUUAACGAGAGCGAAAGGAAUCAAACCAACGAGUCGUCAGUAGAUGCACGUGAACUGGAAUCAUUACCGAAGCCUGAAGCUCAGAUCCAGCCUACAGACAUUCCCAUUGAUUCCUCAAGCAUCCCUAAAUGGUCCACCUCGCCUGGAAAAGACUAUGAGGAGCUCGUCACCUCGUUCAUUCCCUUGAAUACCCGAUCAAGAACCCCAGGGGUCAGGAAUCCAUUUUACCCAGUGACGAGUGAAUCUUACGGUGCAUAUGUUGUCACGUGCAUCUCCAUCAUCCUUUUCACUGUGGGCAUUAUUGGAAAUAUAGCAAUCAUGUGCAUAGUGUGCAACAAUUACUACAUAAGAAGCAUUUCAAACUCAUUGCUGGCCAAUCUUGCCCUGUGGGAUUUUGUCGUCCUCUUUUUCAGCUUGCCACUUGUUGUAUUCCAUGAACUCACUCAGGAUUGGCUACUUGGGGAAUUCACCUGUAAAAUCAUUCCCUACAUUGAGGUGGCUUCUUUGGGAGUGACUACAUUCACGCUUUGUGCAUUGUGCAUCGACCGUUUCCGUGCAGCGAGCAACAUCCAGAUGUACUACGAGAUGAUUGAGAACUGUACUUCUACUGCAGCCAAGUUAACGGUUAUCUGGCUCGGUGCGCUGCUCCUGGCCCUGCCCGAGCUCCUCAUCCGGCAGCUGGUGAAAGAGGAGCGUGAGCCUCCGGAGGUGACACCCUACGAGCAUUGCGUAGUCCAAAUCUCCACAGCACUCCCGGACACGCUCUACGUUCUCGGACUCACCUACAACAGUGCUCGCCUCUGGUGGUACUUUGGCUGCUACUUCUGCUUGCCCACCCUCUUCACCAUCAUCAGCUCGGUGGUGACAGCUCACAAGAUCCGCAAGGCCGAGCGCGCCAGCGUCCGUGGCAACCGCAAGCAGAUCCAACUAGAGAGCCAAAUGAACUGCAUCAUUGUAGCUCUAGCCAUUCUGUAUGGCUUUUGCGUCAUUCCGGAGAACAUUAGCAACAUCGUAUCGGUGUACAUGGCAACAAGUGUGCCACGUCGCACACUGGAUAUCCUGCAUCUGGUAAGUCAGAUGAUGAUGUUCUGCAAGUCAGCAGUUACACCUGUGCUGCUUUUGGUACUUUGUCGGCCUUUCAGUAAAGCCUUCCUGGAUUGUUGCUGCUGUUGCUUUGAAGAGUGCGGCCCUCCGAAGUCCUCCACGGCCACCAGCAAUGACAAUGAUCAGGACGGCACCACUGACCUGGAGCUUUCACCCUAUAGCACCAUCCACAGGGAAACAUUUACCUUCCCAAGAGUGGGAACGCACUUCUAAGGUUGUACCUUACCUAAGGGAUACACAUUACCCUUACAGGUCCAUUACCAAGGGCUCAGAUUUACUGAAUAAACCCAUCAAGAAAAGUUAUUUUUUCUGGAUGCACAAUUUUUAGAUUUACGCACGGCCCUUGUUUUAAUACUGAUUAAUGUUAGACUGUGUUUUGAAGAUGAUGUUGGAAACUGUGCAUUUUACCUUGUGAAAAUACAGUAGGGACAAAGAACCACGUUUAAUACAGGACAGAUUGUCUUUAAGAUGCAACUGCCAUAUUGCUGUUUACAAUGAAAAACCGUGAGUAAUGUGUACUGUAGUUUGUUGAAAGAUUAUAGGAAGUCUAGAAGGAUUAUGAGUUAACACAUGCAUAUGUUAUAUUUGCACAUUUUUCUUACUUCUAUAUUUUUCAGUCAUAAAGGAAUAGUUCACCCAGUAAUACACAAUACUAGCGCUCAUGACCGUUAACCUGUACUACUUUUUACUUACUCAGAACAUAAAAGGAGAAUGUCACAGAAUUAAUAUCCAAGCUGCUCUUUUCCAUACGAUGAAGGUACACUACCGUUCAAAAGUUUAGGGUCACUUACUCAUUCUUAUUUCACAUUUUAGAAUAAUAGUAAAGUCAUCACAACUCUGGAAUAAUAGAAAUGGAAAUAUGGGAAUUAUGUUGUGACCUAAAAAAAAUCAAAAUAAAUAAAAACUACGUUAUAUUUUAGCAACAUCGAAGUGGCCACACUUUGCCUAGAAUUUGCAGACACGUACUCUUGAGAUGUUGAUUAAUCUUUAUGGUUGUCUCUUCAUCUGAAUGGGAUGGGGGGCUGUGGAUGAGAAAAAUGUCCGAGCCAUAGCGUGUUGUAUGCACCAUGCUUGAAUCUGAAAAACAGCAGUUUGGACAUUCUGCAAGACAUUCUCCUCUAAUGUUCAAUGCAAGUAAGAAAAUCAUACGGGUUUCUAAUGAUAUGCAUGAAUAAUGACGUAAUUUAAAUUUUUUGGUGACUUAUUCCAUGGCCAUUUGUGUCUUUUUUUAUAUCUGUUUCUGUGUAUUAUGGAAGGUAAUAUAUAGAAAAUGGAUGUUCGUAGUUUGUUUAAAUUGGCGAUUCUUGUGAAUCGGAAUUUAAAAGUAAGCCUAGCUCCUUUGCUAUGUAAGUCUUAAAUUCCCUCUGUAUUUGCUAGCUGAAAAAACUUGUAAAAUGCUCUUCAGUUUGCUCUUCAACUGUUGUUUCAGUCAAGAUAUGUCACUUUAAUAAAAAAACGACACCUGAAAGGUUAAAGCUUAUCAGCAUUAGAUACAUUUCUUGCAGACGUCUUGAGAAUGUACCAAACCUUUUUGGACAAAGCGAA